ACUAAUUUUAAAAAGUCCCCAAAAGAUCCGAAAAGUAGUCGUUAUGAAGAUAUAGUACGUUAACAAAACCACUCUUCUGAACGGGAUUGUUUUUUACUGUAAAUGUUGUUUGUUUGUUUUUUUUUUUUCAUGACAGGAAGCUAUGCUCUAAAAUGAAUGAAGAUCACAACAUCAAAGAUAAAAAGUGACAACCCCCGAAGACAAUGCAGAUGAAAGAGCCCUCGGUGAAAGCUGAAACUUGAGCAUUUUCAGGUACCUUGUUUCAGGGUCGGGUUUCAGCAUUUCAGCAUCGGCAAGGUGUUAAAUAAUUCCGGAAUAUAGUGCACUGCAGCCUUCACUUCUGCUCUUCAGGAUCGUGGGCGGCGUGUUUGCCAGUUCCAUGAACUUCAAUUAACACCGUGCUUUUGUGUUCUCGGGACUUCGUGCGCAAUGCAAACCAGGGGCGAAGACACUUAACAGACGGCAAAACGAAUAACUAGCUUCCUGCUAAUAAAUGAUAUUGAGCAUCCCUAUAAACAAGUCUUCAUUAAUUUUUUAAAAAACAAAUCAACAAAACUACCCCGCGACCGACGUCACGAGUGUAGCAGGACAAAAGCUCUCAAUUUAUCCAGAUAGCGAAGACACACAAGUAAUGGAACACCUUAAGAUCCCAUUAAACUUUGAUGGUUUGGGAUUUGCACAGACCAGCCUCUUUCUAGAAAGCAUCACAGAAGCACGCAGGACUAUGCGAAAGUUGAAAAUCCCAGUCCUUACACAGUCGGCAAGGAGAAGACAUCUUCGGCGUCUAUGGAUAUGUAAGCCAUGCCUGGCUGCCUCUGUGGCUUGCUGCUCUUCCUGUUCCUCUCACGAAGCACGCACACCCACCCCUGGUGCCCCGAGGGCUGCUGCUGCCCCGGCCCGGGCUCCUCCGUGCUCUGUGAAGGCCAGGGGUGGCGCAGUCUGCCCCGCUCGGUGCCGCCCAAUGUGUCCGCCCUGUCCGUCGCGCGGAACCGGCUGUGCGACGUCGACCACCUCCUCCUCCCCUUCUCCCGGCUGCGGGAGCUCAGCCUGAGCCACAACGAGCUGAGCCACUUCCCCAGGGGCCUGCCCUCCGGCCUGGAGACCCUGCUGCUGCGGGUCAACCGGAUAACCUACCUCACGGCCACCAGCCUGAGGCAGCUGAGCAACCUGACCCGGCUGGACAUGGAGGACAACCGCGUCCGCGUCAUCCAGGCCGGAACCUUCCAGGGCCUGAAGCAGUUGCGGUUUCUGAGCUUGAAAGGCAACAGGUUGUCUUCCAUCCCCGACUCUCUGCCAGGCUCCCUGGUACACCUGGACGUGUCGCAUAACUGCAUCUCCACAUUAGGCCUGACGUCUCUUGCCAGCCUGGUGAACCUGCAGAUGUUUAAAGUGAACAGCAACCAUUUAAAAUUUAUACCGGACAGAGCCUUUGAGAGCCUACCAAGCCUGAAAGCCGUACAGCUGGACGACAACUUAUGGGCCUGUGAGUGCGAUAUUUUGUAUCUCUACAGGUGGCUUUUAAACAGCAGGCUGAAGAUGGCUACUGAUCUGGUAUGUGCAGCUCCUCUUCAUUUAGCAAGGCGGCUCCUGCUGACUUUGUCUGUGGUGGCCAUUUGUCCCACUUUUCUCAGGCCAAAUGAAAGAAUUUCUUAUAAUGUUCUUGGUUUACCUCAUAAAUUGCAGGAAAGCCCCAGACAAGCACUGUCAAAUAACGCUCAGAUCUCUUCUUCUACGCCCAUCACUGGAACAUAUUCACUGAUUCAGGCCCGUGCAGUUAAAUCUAAGGCCAAGCAAAACUUAUCUAAAGAUACUGCUUUGUAUUCUCGUCAAAAUCAGCAGAACCCUCAAGAUUUGGCCCCACGUUAUACUUUGGAGGAAAUGAACUAUGUGGACUGCCAAGCUAUGGCUGGGAACGACGUCACAUCUCCUGGAGCUUCGGUCACCUCCACAGCGCAGCCGACGGUCUCGGAGAGUCCCAGAUGCUCAGAGGAUUCAACAGGCAGCUCUCCUCAUGAAAACGUGACCCAUGUGACAAUUACUAGUGUGGUACUCCCAACCGACAAGGCCAGUUUCCAGCCCACAAUCCUUUACAGGCCAGUCCCCCCACAUGAAAAAAACGCCAUCGUGGCCCUCUUGGCAGUUCUCUGCGUGCUGGUUCUCCUCGUGUUGCUGGCUGUAAUAUUGGUGCUGAAAAAAAUAUUAGAGAGAAACCGGAGGGUGGCUCCUAUCGAACAGUCUUAAAACAAGAUAGCCGCUCUGGUAUGCUUUUCCAUGGGUCCAAGCAAUGUCUAAUGCAAACCGAACGAUCACUUGAUGCUAAUGGUAUUGUACCAAUUUAGCUGGCAGGUUGUUUCACCAAAAAGGAGCACAGAAAUCUGCCAAAUGUUAUUUUGCUAAAAACGUUUAAGAAUUCCCUCUCCUCAAAAGGUCAC